AUGUUUUGUUCUGGAGACAGGGAGAAAGGGCCUGUGGCCUUGGAGGAACAGUGGGAUUACAUUAACCUCGAUGACUUCAAAUCAGAGUCCUGUCUAUCCCCGUUCUCAUACUUCUUUCUCUACGUCUUCCUUCUUAUCUCCAUAGCCGUGUACGGAGUCGACACCUUUACCGCCGUCAAUCUUCUUGCUUUCUCACGAUGGGCGGGCCAAAUCGAGCCUGCGAUUCCUUUCAAAAUAUCGCGAUGGAUCUUCGCCGUUUGCAUCAUCAUCUCUUUCGCCCUCUUGAUCUACCGAUGGUUGCGCGCCAUUCGUGCAAUCCGCUCCGGGAGUAUCGCUCAGAGCUACCUCGACUCUCUCGCUGUGCGCGUUCAAAGUAUUCGAAUGGGAAGCAACGGUCGCGGUUGGAGGCGAUUCCUCGUGUUCGGCGAGUUAACCAAAAGUAAGAAGGGCGCUGAAUACGUCGCCCUCUUCGCAUACUUUGCUUUUGAAUCUUGGCUGAGCACUCUCUUUGCCGACGGCCCACGACAAGUCGUUAACGCUAUUACCCUAUACUCAGUGAUGCAAAUGGACCUUCUUCCCGGAGGCAGCAACACAACCGACGAGGGCGGGUCCGGAGCUUCGCAAUUCUUUGACAACAUGAAGGUGCUGGCGGAGGAUAACACCGAACGUGCGGUUGUCCUGAUCGGAAUGCUAUUUACCCUGGUCAUAUGGGUCUUGUCAAUGCUCAAAUUGAUCCUGGCUGUCGUACUCUACCUUAUCUUUCUCUUCCACCAUAUCCCUUCGGAGGAUGGGUCAUUGAAGGCUUAUUGCAAACGAAAAAUUAACAGCCGGCUUACUCGUAUUGUCCGGAGGAAAGUCAACAAAGCUUUGGCUAAAGGCGUGGCCUUGCAAGAUCGGAAACCGACCAAUCCAAACAUGGGUCUAGACAAACGGCCUACUCUUCCCUCACUGGGUGCUGGCGAUGAUGACAAGACACCUGUUGUCACCACGAUCUCGCGCACUACCACACAAACCACUCUCCCGGCUUACUCUUCACGUCCUGGGACAGCUGCUCCGGAUCGCAAUCCCACCUUGCCAGAUGUUGGCGCAUUCAAUGAUAAACCUGGAUUGAGCCGAACAAUGACCGAAUCUUCAGCAUAUUCCGAUGCGGCUUCGUUGUCAGGAAGCACCGCGGUGUCAGCAUACAGCCCACUGGAUCGACAUGGUACGCCGGCGCCACCAGUGCCACCAGUGCCACCACUUCCGAAGCACGGCCCUGCCCCGAUGCCACGCUCCCAGACUCCAAGGAUGCCACAGAAUUUUAACCAAGCGCCUGCGCAACCGGGAUACAAUAGUCCAUUGGAGCGGUCAUCACCGGCGCCAUCAAUGCCGCGCACCCAGACACCGAUGUCACGUUCAGACUUCACCCCAGCGCCUCGUCUGCCCGGGUACAGGCCAUUUGAAACAUACCAACCUCAACACGAUCCUUAUGGUCCUCCAUCCAGCACUCCUUUCUGUCCAUACAGUCCGGCAAUUGAUCCAAACUCUCGUUCUCUAACUCCCGCGUCUGCCUUCCCUGGUGAAAGAGCAGCAGCCCGAACAUUCUCACCCUUCAACCAGCCUGGCGCAGCUCCCUAUCCAGCUCAAGAAAACGAAUACCCGCUACGGUCGUUCAGUCCUGCUACUUCUAAUGGCCUUCGCUCUCAAGCCGCUGCCCCCGCCGACGCACUGGGCAGGACGUUCUCACCAGUCAAUGCAGCCAAUGGAGACGGCUAUGUGGCGUUUAGUCCUGUAGCCAAUGCUGCGACUGUCGAGAACCCGUUCGAGAACUCCAACCGGAAAGAAACAAGACCCUCAGAAGGGUACAGGGCCUUUAGUCCUUCCGUGAGAUUACCCGCUACACCCACACUCCCAAACAUCGCGCCAUAUCAACACAAUGGUCAAUCACCAUCAAGGACGAUGUCCCCUCAAGGCGAGACUUCAAACGUGAAGCCAUAUCGGCCGGAUUACAUCUAA